UCUCAGCGCAACCAGCGCCAGCGCACUAGCACUGCAUGCACUGAAAAUCGACUGAUUGGAGUCACUGGAUUGUGCGGCAUUGGUGAACUGUGGAGAAGAUGGAAGCGAAGAAUCUUUACAAAUAAUCCUGCAAACGUGGCGGGAGCAGCAUUGGAUACUCGGAGGGCUGAGGCUUUGCUGCAGGAAGUGGAGAAGUAUGGUGGUACUAGCUUUGGCAUUGACCAGGGUGUAAGCGUACUUGAACAUCAGGAGUCUAUUCAUGUGAAAGUGAGAAGAGGGAAGACAGUAUCUCAUGGCAGUGAUGACUUGAGGAUAACUUCUCGACAGCCAGAAACUAAACCAAGAAGUCAUUCAAAUUUGGAAUACGCUGUUCCACUCCCAUCUGUUUUUCGGAAUGAACAUUCAAAUGCUGUAGAUUUGCAUGAGAAGACGCUUGACUCUGCAAAAGAUGGUGUUGUAAAAGAUACUGACCCUCGCUCUUGCAGUAGUGAAUCUCUUGGCCAAAUUUGUGACACAAGUCCUGACAAACCUAGUUCAUAUCUUGGCGAUGCAAACAUCUUUGUGAAGGGUAGCACGUGUGAGACUUCAGCUACUUCCUCUUUGUCAUCAUCACCUUGCAUAGUUGUCGAAGAAUCUCUGAAGGACAGAACUGGCCUUGCUUCUUCUCCGACAUCUUCAUCUCCAAACAUUCAGCCUACAGGUGCCCUUGUGUUAGGAAGAGACGUUGAAACUGAGAAACCGGAUAUGAACUUCAGGCAUCAGAUUACUCAGCUGAGGAACAGACGUGGCCAGGGGACCAAGAUAGAUGCCAAAGCAGCUUCGUCUGCUGAAGAUGAUGAGUGGGCAGACAUUCCAUCUAUGGAUGUGGUUUCCAUGGCAUCCUCAUCAACAGACGAGACAGCUUCUGGAUCAUCUCACGGUAAAGCAACCUCAAAGUCUAGUCUGGAAGAUAGUGCCUCUGUGAAUGUUCAGGAGGAGGAACCUUAUCAUAAACCAGAGAAGGAAUGGAGCAAUGAUCAGAAGGGUGUAUAUGAGAUGCAACUUGAAAACCUUCAGGAGCAGUUGGUUGAUAUCAUGAUAGAAAACCAAACACUAGCUCAAAAACUCCAAAAGUAUGAGAAUAGCGACAUCAUCCCUCUUUUGAAGAAACUGGAAGAGGAACGAGCCGCCAAUGAGAGUUUGACAAAGAGAUGUGAGACGUUGGAGGAUCACAUGAAACGCAAUAGGCCGAUGCAUCAAAUCUCUGUUGAUAGUGAAAGUAGUGUGAGUGUACAAAGUCCUCGUUCAGCAUCAUUUUCUUCACCACCAGAUGACGUUGAUGGACCUCCUCCUACUCGGUGGGAGAGGUUUCAGAACAACAUUUUGGAUAAAUUUUUCACCUUGAUGGCUGAUUUCACAGAAGAGGGAGAGGAAAGUGAUACCGAUGCUCCUACAGAGGGGGAUGAACUUACGGUCAAGAAGUUGAAGGAAAAUUUGAAAAGAUUUCAAGCUGGAUAUGAGCCUGGACUCUUAUUUUGUAAAGCAAUGUCUGCCCUAGUAUCCUGGAAAUCAACAUCAAAUACCUUCCUUGCAUUUGUUAUCUAUAUGUAUGUUGUAUGGAGAGGAUGGAGUGCUACUGUACUGAUUGGGCUGUUGCUAUGGUACCUUACCACAACAUACUUUAUCUCGAGGGGCUGGACUAUUCAAUUUUCAUUUCUUCCGUAUCAUCUAGUGGAAGUGACACAGGAUGAAAGACCCCCACUGUCAAUGUCGGACAGGUUUCAGUUAGUACUACACGUCAGCAGGAGAGUGCAGAAUAUACUUGGGAGCUUAGCUGAUCAGAUGGAGAAAAUCCAGAACUUCCUCUAUUGGACGAAUCCAGAUCUUACAAAGAGCCUGUAUACCAAUCUAGUAAUUGCAUUUGUAGCUUCAUUAUUUAUAUCUGGAUCAAUGCUGCUCACAUUGAUUGGUCUCUUUCUUGGUGUGAAGGUUUUUCUCAUCAAUCCAGUACUCAAGAAGUAUCCUCGUCUCAAGGCCAAGUAUAGUUUCGAGGAGAAGAUAUUUAGGGAAGCGCCAACGGCUGCCCAGCUUGAACAAAGACGUGCAAUUGAAGAAACACAGCAGUUCCUAGUCCCAGAUAUUGAGGGUAUUACAGUCCGGUUCAAUGGAGAAGAAACGCAGGACUCUGAACCUGCAAGUAAGAGGUUCAAAGCCUUUGCAGAGACGUUCAAUGUGCCUGAAUCAGAGCAGCCUUUGUCAGGAUGGAAGGAGGGCAAGCGCUGUACUCUGAUAACCAAAAACACUGUUACAGGAGCUUUCAAAAAUGGUAGAUUAUAUCUGACAAAGAGUUUCUUAUGCUUUGAGAAGUCAAGUUUGUCCAAAGAUGGAAACAUGCUGAUACCCCUGAAAGAAAUAAUCAGAAUUGAAAAGGCAAAACCAUUCAACUUCAUGCCAGGUUCCGGCAUGUCCAUAGAGAUCCACAUGGCAUCGGCCGAUAAACCAGUACUCUUCGGCGGAAUGCUCCGAAGGAACCUCAUCUAUGACCAGCUGAUGGAGGUAUGGCAGGCAGCCCAAAGAGCCAUCCAACAUCGGAGUAGCGCGUCAAACAUGGAAGCCAUGCCCAGCACAUCCCAAGGUGACGUCAGAAGCAGAGCUGGUAGUCAUAGACAGGCAUCUGCUUCUCACUCUGAAGCAGGAGAAAGUGACUCAGAGAGUGCUUGCUGAUCUUGAGGGUCUCCUUUUAAGGUGAUUGUAAGCACGUCUAAAGAUGGGCGUGAAAGUGAAAAAUUGCACAUGGAAGCCAGCGCGACCACAUAACAAUGGGAAACUUGAAGGUCUGGUUAAGAUGAUCGUUUGCAGAUCCAAGGAUGGGCAUAAAAAUGAGGUACAUUGCACAUGGUAGCCAGCGCUAGCACAUCCCGAGGGAGACUCAUGGAGCAGAGUUUGUAGUUAUAGAUAGACUCCUACAUCAUUCUAUGAACCAGUCUCGGUGUAUGCUGAGAUCAGAAGAAUGUAAUAAGGAGAAGUACAAAGAUGAAGCUCAACACAUCUAGAAUCAAAGGCAGCACAUCACAAAGGGACACCAGGAGCAGAUCCUGUAGUCAUAGACACCUGUAUCACUCCAUGCGGGAGACAGAAGUGACUAGGAAGACUAUCACUGAAGCUCACAGCUCCAUCGCGAUAUCAGUGACCAAUCAAGUACUCGUUGCAUGCACACUUUGUUCAAAACACUGACCAGGGGUCUGUAUAACAUAGGUUCAUGAUUGAUUGCUGAUUUAAAAAAAACAUUUCUGAUUGGUUCCUAGUCAGUCUUCUGAGCGAAAUGCACAUGCAACGAUGAUCUUGAUAGGCCAUUUCAUUUAGCGAUUAAUUGCUAACCUUUGCAUCACGGGCCCCAGGAGAGUUCUUUCAUAUUUGCAAUUCAUUGCAAUCUUUACGGGGCCAAAAUCUUGAGUGUAAGAUUGAGUGAGAUGUGGAAGCACAACUGUAGAGCCUUGGUCUUGUAAUACAUAAACACAGAUUUGAUUAUCACGUGACUGCUAGUACCCUUUUUCCGGGCAUUACUCCUCAUUUCUAGCUCCCAUGAACAUGACCUUACCUACUGAAAUAUUUAUACCAUCCAAUUACACAUUUAACCCUCUUCAAUGAACUUUAAUAUUGAGAAUUGAGUGAAACCGAUUCACAUCCAUUGCCUUUAAAACAGGUUGGUGGACAAGACGUUCCAUUGAGUGGCACUGUUGGUCUUCAUUUUCAUUAGCACUACACUAA